GUCCUCACGACACAACUCCAGUCGUCCAGAUAUAUCUCUCUCAGAACAAGGAAAAUGACGAAAAAGCUUGUAAUAACGGCCAAACGCAAUAGGGACGUAUUGACUCCAAUAUUGGAUUUGGAGAGGAAUAAAGCAUGAUGGUUUUAUAAGAAACUGGAGCCUUUUGGCGCUGUAUAAAACGAGCAGGGUGCCUUUUUCAGUACUCUACAAACACCUGUCAACAGCUGAAAGAUGAAGUUUGGGAAGAGCAUCUGUAUCCUUAAUGUGGGUGGCACAAAAUAUGCGUUCUCUAAGGAGGUGAUAAAAGAUUUCCCUCUGAGUAGAGUGAGCCGUUUGCACAAAUGCGCCUCCGAGAAAGAAGUACUGGAAGUAUGCGAUGACUAUGAUCGGGAACGGAACGAGUUUUUCUUUGAUAGGCACUCCGAGGCUUUUUGUUUCAUCAUGCUGUAUGUGAAGUACGGGAAGCUACGAUUCGUCCCGCAGAUGUGCGAGCUGUCAUUCUACAACGAGAUGAUUUACUGGGGGCUGGAGAGCUCACACUUGGAGUUUUGCUGCCAACGAAGACUGGAUGAUAGGAUGUCCGACUCAUACAUUAAUUUCUCCGAAGAGGAAGAUAAACUGGACAAAGAAAUGAGGGGGGAGAAUUUGGUGACUCGAGUGGUCACAGAGAGAGAGGAUUCAAAGUGGCUGGAGAGAAUGAGAAGGACUUUUGAUGAACCGACUUCAUCAGUCGCAGCACAAAUCUUAGCUUCAGUGUCCGUUAUAUUUGUUAUAGUGUCCAUGGUGAUGCUUUGUGCAAGUACUUUGCCAGAUUGGAAAACCGCUGAGAACAACAGUGUGGUGGAGCACAGGUACAAUCCAGACUCUUUAGAGCAUCCAUCCGGGAUCAUCGAGGCUGUGUGUAUCAGCUGGUUCACCGCCGAGUGCAUCGUGCGCUUCAUCGUUUCGCGGGACAAGUGUGAGUUUGUCAAACGGCCCCUCAACAUCAUCGACCUACUAGCCAUCACGCCCUACUACAUCUCCAUCUCCAUGACGAUGCUGACAGGCGAGAACUCGCAGCUGCAGCGUGCGGGUGUCACCCUGCGUGUCCUGCGCAUGAUGCGCAUCUUCUGGGUGAUCAAGCUGGCCCGUCACUUCCUGGGCCUGCAGACUCUAGGGCUGACACUGAGGCGCUGCUACCGGGAGAUGGUGAUGCUGCUGCUGUUCAUCUGCGUGCCCAUGGCCAUAUUCAGUGCUCUAGCCCAGCUGCUGGAGCAUGGCCUGGACUUGGAGUCGCCCAACGAGGACUACGCCAGCAUCCCUGCCGCCUGCUGGUGGGUUAUUAUCUCCAUGACCACUGUGGGCUAUGGAGACAUGUACCCCAUCACCGUGCCUGGGCGAGUGCUGGGUGGCCUGUGCGUGGUGAGCGGCAUCGUGCUCCUGGCACUGCCCAUAACCUUCAUCUACCACAGCUUUGUGCAGUGCUACCAUGAGCUCAAGUUCCGCUCGGCCCGCUGCACGCGGAGCCUGUCCGCAGAGUUUCUCAACUGAGGGACCACUGACGUUGCAGGAGGGUUAAUGGGGGGGGGGGGUGCACCCCUCACUACCCCUCGCUACUCCCCGACACCUCUUCAGAGACCUCCAUCCACACUAGAACUGUGUAUUUAUCUGAAAUGUGGCCUCUUUCAUUGUCUCACACGUAUUUUGUUGAUGUAUCCCUCAUCUUUGAACGUCAGUUGCUGGGGUUGUGGAUUUUGAGGUUUGCAGACAGCACAGCCUUCAACCUUCAACAGUAAAGUCCAAGUAAGAAGUAAUGGAACCUGAUGGGAACUAGGACAGUUUCCACGGCUGCCAUGGUGACAGUGGUUUUUGGGGCAGAGGGCAUCUGGAUCAUGUCAGACCAGAAGGAGGCCUUCACGUACUGUGGAUUACACUGCUGGCUGGCAUUCUUCUCUUCUCAUAUGGCGACAUGCAACAAAAGGGAUUAGAGUUUUAAUGUCAUUUUCAAUCCCACUCUCUGACAGUGUCACAGUGUGGGAGAUGGGAGGUAUAAUUUCGCUUCUCUUCCUUAGAUCAUUUAUUUAUAGUAUUCCGUCGGCCAGUGAGUGAACAACAAUGCAUUUCAAAGAACCAAAGUGUAUCAGUACAGUGUACACUGUAUGUUCCCUUUAACCUUUCACUGCAACGCUCACCUUUCUGCUUUUAUCUUGCGGACACAAACCUGACAGAUAUAAAGAGCAAUUUGAACGAGCCUAUUUACAACUCAAACAUGGUCGCAUUCUAAUCCUAUUACCUAUUCCCCCCUGAAAACCAAGCAAUGCAAAAUGGCCAUGAAAUGUAUUUGUCGGAAAAACCAAGGGGGAGGGUUUUAACAAGAAAGAGUGCAAUAUUGUGUGGGUCUGUCAGCUCAGCUGUGUAGGCAGGUCUGUAAAUGUGGAACACCGAGCCACAGAGCGAGAGUGUGUCAUGGAGAGAUGGGUGGUUCGGCUGACACUGUGCAGUGUAGUGAGGAGAGGGCAUGCAUGCCUCAGCCUCGGGAGCGCUGCGAGUCUACUGACUGGAGGAGUGUAACCAUUUGUGGCUGGUGUCAAAACCUUGGUAGCCUCUGCCUGUCACAACAAAGGCACUCGGCAUGCCCAUCCCACCAUCCUCAUCAGUACUGUAUGUCAAAACCACCACAGCCUUGGUAGGCACUCCUCUCAAUGUUGUUGUCUGGCCCACCUGCUUCUCCUCGACAUACUGUCGACGCCAUGUUUGAGUGGCUGGUGUGAUGCAUUCCGCCUCCUUUCCUGCCAGAGUGAAUUCGAUUGAAUCUGAAAAGCUUUCAUCAUGCCUUCAUUCAUUUCUAUGGUGGGGAAUUGGGAAUCAGAUCCUCAUGUGUUCUCUUCACAUCAGCCUGCUCCAGGGUAUACUACCUGUUAUCGCUAACAAGCGCCAUCUCUCGUCUCUCAGAUUGUCGAUAGCUGUGUUUGCUCCUAGCACUUGGUUUAAGUAUUCACUAAGAGAAUCUGUAUUUUGAACCAAAGCAGUUUUAUAUCUUCCGGAAGCACUUUAUAUAGUGGGAGCAUUGGACAGUUCAUCAAGUCAGUGACGAAUGUAUAUGGGUCUUAUCGUGUGUUCUAUUUCAGGGUUUCUCAAAUUCGGCCCCGUUUUGGUUUUUGCCCUAGGACCACACAGCUGAUUCAAAUAAGCAACUCCUCAUCAAGCUUUGAUGAUUUGAAAUCAGAUGUGUAGUGCUAGGGCAAAAACCAAAAUGUGCACCCAAGGGGGGCCCAGGACCGAGUUUGGGAAACCCUGCUCUAUUUGAUGUGAUUGUUAUUCACCGCUGGGAAUACCAGUCUAAUUGUACUAGUGAUGCUGGUUCUGUUUAUACAGAUUUGGCGUUCCUUUGCUUUGUCCUCAGUGUAAUGGUUUCCACUGGCUGCAGACAGCCCCAUCUGCUCUCUCUGAUCUGCCCUGCUUUAAUUUGGCUGCUUUUCCAAACACAGCAGUCACAAAACUUUCAACUGUGUUGAAUAUGUUGAAUAUUGAUGGGAUAAGAUUGAUUAAACUCGGGCCUCCCAAGUGGCGCAGCAGUCUAAGGUACUGCAUCGCAGUGCUAGAGGCAUCACUACAGUUCCGGGUUCGAUCCCGGGCUGUGUCACAGCUGGCCGUGACCAGGAGACCCGGGUUAGGGGAGGGUUUGGGAUGUCCACAUCCCAUCAUGCUCCAGCGACUCCCUAUGGGCUGGGCUGUCAGUAUGCAUGCUGACCUCGGUCACCAGCUGUACUGUGUUUCCUCCGACACAUUGGUGUGGCUGGCUUCCGGGUUAAGGGAGCAGUAUGUCAAGAAGCAGUGCAGCUUGGCGGGAUUGUGUUUCGGAGGACGCAUGGCUCUCGACCUUCGCCUCUCCUGAGUCCAUAUGGAGUUGCAGCGAUGGGACAAGACUGUAACUACCAAUUGGGGAGAAAAAAAGAUAUAAGAUUGAUUGAACUCGUUUUUUCAGACCGUAUCUUUUGGGAAUCAGGCACUUGAAAGAGAAAAGCCUUGACUAGACUUGGUUGACCUUUGAAAAAAUGUGAUUCUAACUGCUGCAGGGGGGACUGAGACUCUGACACCAUAAAAAAUCCAAGCCACAUAUAGACCACAAUAACUAGAUUUUCUCCAACCAUACUCUCUCCCUCCUCUCGUCUGUUUGUUUCUCUCUCUCUCUCUCUCUCUAAAUCAAAGUGGGAUUACAAGACAAAUCAGGCAAUAAAAACACAUUGAGGAGAUUGAAGAUGGUUCACUCGUUAUAAGACCAUUGAGUGACCUAUUUCAUGUAUUUCUGACACCCUGUCACUGACAUUGCUCUACUCAAUGAAAUGUACAAAUAUUCCACACCCAAACUCAGUGCAAUCUUGAUAUUUGGACUGGGAACAUAUUACAUAAGUAUCUCUGUUGUCAUCACAAUAUGUAUUUUGACAUUGGACUAAAACUGUGAAUGCGAAGUGUGUGACAAGAAAAUGUGGACCACUAGUGAGUUUGAUCCCUUGUGAAAUGAACGCUUCUGGAAAAGUUGCUGUUGUGUUGAGGAUCAGGUAAGGUAAGGCAAUGUGAUUUUUGUUUUGUUGGAACAAAUGUUGUAUUUCUGAAUUUAGUAUUUGAGAAUAACUGAAGAAUAUUUCCACUACUGUAAACCCUUGUAGGACAUAUUUCCGUGCUCACGGUGGAUGUAGUGGGGGGCAAAAGUGGCCCCACAGUUGUUACAAGACUUGAUAAAUAGUGAUAUUUCAGGUAGGACCUGCAACUUCUGGAUACUCUACAGUACUUUGUCACAUCGAAACACCUUCUGUGGGCACCUUUAGCAUAUUGCCGCUUCAAUAGAAUGUACAAUUGAAACAUAGGAUAUCUUUUGAAAAAAUGUUUGUUUAUGCAAGCCAUAUCUACAAAAUGUUUAUUGUUUUUUCCCUUAUUUUUUUAAUGAAACCAGCUAUUUUGUAUAGAGCUUAUGUUGUUUACAUAUAUAAUGGUUAUAUGGUUGUAUAUAAAUAA